AAACUUGAGCGUGCCUGGAAUGUGUUUACCGAAUUAUAUUGUUUUGACAAAUCAAUUACGAAUUAUCACAAAUGUCUAGCAGCGCGAGCAUAAUGGAUGAUAUAAUGACAUUUAAGAACAAGCACGUGAAUGUUACAGACUCACAAAUGAAGGAAAUAUUGCAAACGAAAACUAAGUUAAUGGAUAUUAAAAAUGAACAGGAUCAUCUUUGCGAUGAAGAUGAAGCAAAAAUUGAAAAACUUAUAUCAAAAAUAACUUCUAUGAAGGAGAAUCUUCAAUCUGAAAAACAAACAUUAGAGUACAAAGACCGUGAACUGUCAAAUCGUUUAGAUAAAAUAGUUCAGUUAGAAGGAGAACAAAACAUAUCUUUAAAAGAAAAUCAAUCGUUGGAAUUACAGAGAAAUAAACUUAAAAUCUGUAGAGAUAAUGUGCAAGACCAGGCAUUGUUGGAAAAUGGAAGGAGAAAAUAUAUGUUAUACAAAGAAUUAACUAGGAUACGGUGGGAUUUUGAAUAUCUAGAAGAAAAAGUGACAGGAUACGUGUCAAAUAAAAAGGAUUACAUUCAUCAUUUUUCUUAUAAAAACAACAUCACUGGAGAUUUGGCUGAUCUCUUGUGGCAAGAAAUAUACAAAUCAACAGUUCCCAAAGAAAAUAGAGAUGUACAUAACGAAGAAAAUAUACAAAAUAAAUCGACUUGA